AUGUUAAUACUAUAUAAGUUGGUCUAUACUACUUUUAUUAGUGCUGGUAUAAAAUCACAUGAAUUAGACAGCAAAUUUGAUCAGUUAUUUAAUGCAUUAUAUAAUCGAUUUACAACUGCUGAAGCUUAUUCUAUAUUUCCAGAUGUAUUAGGCACGUUAAAGGAGUUAAAAAGGAAUGGUUUUCAUAUGGGUGUCAUUAGUAAUUCAGAUGAAAGAGUUGUUAAAGUAAUCGAAAAUUUGAAUUUAAAUAAAUAUUUUGAUUUUGUGAUUGCAAGUUCAAUUAUUGGACAUGAAAAACCCAGUAAAAUGAUUUUUGAGCAGGCUCUUAAAUUAGCGGGCAAAGAUAUGCGAGCAGAGAAUGCUUUACAUGUAGGAGAUGAUAUUGACAAGUAA